AACAUUCUUGACCUGACAUGCUGUCGAACAAACACGUGAAAGGUUCAGGACCAAGCACGACUGGAGUAGAUACAUUACACUUUAGUGGUAGUUCAGGUUCUUAAAUGACCAAAAGCCACAUACAUUAAGAUACAUCAUUACGGUCAGUCAAAUAAUUGCUUAAUUUAUCAGUUUGUUUUUACUGUGUUCUGUCAGUUAUCCUUAACUAUUCAGUUAGAAAUAAUGUUCGGCACAUAGCAGUUAGCAAGCUAACAUCAGGCAAGUUGCCACUUGCACAUGUAAAGUAUAAGUAAAUAGACUAGUAUCAUUUUACAAGCUCCGCUGUUUGAAACCACGCGACUGUUGUGACAGCAAAUCUCGAAUUCCCAUUUGUAUGCAAUAGUCAAACGUUCUGAAAAUGGAUGACGACGUGGGUCGCGGAGAUUCUGUACAUCAAACGUUGGAAGAGACUUCAUUGAUCAACCCCAGUGCUCCAGCCAUUGAAAAUGUGUCUGUAGUAUUAAAUAAUACCCAUACUGAGAGUGGUACUAACCCGGCAACAAGUCCUGAGACCGAGCCUGCAACAUCAGAGGAUAUGGACACGACCGCCUCCACCACUUUGGGAGUAAUUGGUUUUGAUUCCUCGUGUGAUGGUCAGGAGCCUGUAAAAGAGUCAACAAGUGACAAUAAAAACAGUGAGAUUCACAUAGAGCCUGGAACUAAACAGGAGUAUGUGGCUGUAGGCUCAUCGGAGGGUGCUUUGUCAUCGGGUAAAACGGAUUCCGACGUGUCAAUUACUACAAACUCUAUCGAAGAAACAGUUCUGUUGAAAGACGACGUUGCCAUCUCUUGUAAUGACAUUCUGUCAGAGCACAAAACGGAACAGGAAAACCCCCUGAUUGUGUCGACAGAGGACAUGGAGGUUUCUGUAACUAAUGUUGCACCAGUAGCAACUGACCCCUCUAAGAUGGUGUCACAACCUGAUGUGGCCUCAGUCACGAAUCUUGAGUUCCUCCAGAAGUGCGAGGGACUGAGCAGCAUCACUCAGUACAGAGGGGACAGUUCGGACGAUUUAUCAGACAGUGAUUCAGACUCUUCGUCGUCUUCAUCUUCCUCAUCUUCCUCCUCACUGUCCUCGCCUGGACCUCUAAACAUUGUUUUGGAAGAGGACGACCAAAAUGAAGGUGUCGGAAAAGGAAAGGCCACAGUGCCUCUCAAGACUCAAGAUGAAGUUCUCAUUGAUGAGCUGCCUGCUGUGGAGGACCUCCAAAUUAGUCUUCCCGACGACACUGAGCUCAAGCCCAUGGGACUCAUCUCGAGCAUCGUUGAAAAGUUGGUGAUUGUGGAGUCAUUCAAGGACACCCCUCCUCUCAAUGAUGACAGUGUUAUAUUCAAUAAGAACAGAAUGGGCAUUGGCAAGGUGUUUGAGGUGUUUGGACCUGUGGUGCAGCCGUUCUAUGUGCUGAGGUUUAACUCUGACAAGGACAUCACAGAGAAGGAUCUCAAGCCAAAGGACACGGUCUACUUUGCCCCGGGGGUGAAGGACUUCACCGCCUAUAUCUUCACAGAGAGGCUCAGACAGCUAAAAGGAUCUGAUGCCUCCUGGAAGAAUGAUCAGGAGCCCCCGCCAGAGGCUGUAGACUACAGCGAUGAUGAGAACGAGCAAUUGGCCAAACGGAAGCUUAAGGAACAGAGGCAAGGAAAGGCAGAGACUAAUGAGGGUGAUAAGGAGAAACAGAAACCAAGCAACAAAAGACCCCCCAGACGAGAGCCACGCCAGGCCUGGGGCCAGCGCUCCAGGGGCUCUCCCAGUCCCCGAGGCGGGCCAGACAGCCCCAGAGCCAUCUAUCAGCACCACCUCCCAAACCCACACUUCCGUCCGCCUCCUCCCAUGGACAGUGGCUACAACCUUCACCCCCCAUAUCCUCCUCCCUUCCAGGCUCCUCCGCCAUAUUAUCCCAUGUACCCCGGCCACCCCCAGCCCACAUGCCCUGGCCCCCCCACUCCUUCCCGGGAAUGUACAUGCCUCCACCUCCCCCACCUCCUCCCCCACACCCUGCCAACCAGCACUGGCCAAACUGAAAUCACAUUGCUUAAUGUCUCACACAGGUGCACUAUAGGUUAUAGGCACUUUGAAAUGUUGAGUCUAAAAGACAUUGGUUGUAGCUGCAAGCAUGUGCAUAGUAUGUUUGGGAUGAUAAUUCCCCACAUUUUUAUUUUCUUCCAACCCAGAAACUGUAUGGCCAGUCAGACCUUUGAGCCACUUUACUUUUGUUAUGAGAAAGUGUACAAAAUGAACAGUCUUAACAGAUGUGUAAGUAAUUGUGGUCAAUAAUACAUUUUGAUAUAUUUGGUCUGUGUGACCAUGAAUAAAUCUUUGGACUUUGUGUGUGCACAUCAAUAUGUGUAUUUCUAUGCAAUAUAUAAUACAAUUAGUUUUUGUGAGUAAAAUAUACAUAAUGUAUUUGUGUAUAUUAUUUACAGAAUGGAUGUACAGUCUGGAGAGUUUGUUUUUCCUUUUUGCAUUGUAAAACAGUGAAAUGGCCAUUUGAAUGCAGUCCAGAUUUGCCUACAGGUGUUCAGUUGCUAUUUAAGACAGUCGUGCACUAAAGCCCAUGGUUCAAACACUGUCUGGCGAGAAUGAGGGCAACACCUGUCAUUGUCCUCUGGGUGGUCUUCGGUGGACUAGCCCUUGGAGUGCGGGUCCGGAAGCAUUUCUUGGUGAACGUUCCAAUGACCUGGAAGGAUGCUCGGAGCUACUGCAGACAAUAUUACAAUGACCUGUCCACCAUAAUAACCGACUCGGAAAACCACAUCCUGAAUGUAAACUUGCUGCUUUCUUCAGCCGAAAACGCUUGGAUUGGUCUGCACAGAUGUCACCCCCAGUCCGCUGAGACAUGUAUAACUUCACCCUGGGAGUGGUCAGAUGGAGAUGUGUCCACUUACAGUGAUUGGGACUAUGGUGAGCCUAACUCUGAGGCUAACUCUGAAUUCUGUGUUGAGCUGAGGCAUUGGAGUGGGAAUUGGGAUGAUCAGGACUGUGACCGCAAAAAGGCAUUCUUCUGUUUCAAGUGGAGCGGGGAGAUCAUCCUGGUGACCGAGAGGAUGUCCUGGGAGGAGGCGCUGCUCUACUGCAGGGAAAAGUACACUGACCUGGCCAGCCUGCUCACCGACACGGAUAUGGCCUCGGCAGACGGGAAGGCCAGCAAUGCCCAGACCGCCCAGGUGUGGACCAGCCUGCGUUUUCUGGCAGGCGAGUGGCUGUGGGUGAGUGAAACUCAGGAGGCCGACCAGAAGUUUACACAGGGGAACCUGUCCAGCUGCCCAGCACAUCCUUACAGCUGUGGCGCUCGCAGUCGUGAUGGCGACCGCUGG